CUCCCCUCUUUUGCCAAAAACCUCACAGAUCGGAGGAACCCAAAAUCCCAAAAACCCUAAAAUCAAAAGACGAUGAAACCCGCCCGUUUCGCGAUUCGAUCCCUCAACGACGUCGCAUCCCGUCAACAAUGGCUUCCUCUCGUUCCCAGAAGCUUCUCCACCAAUGCUAACGAAGAUCGGUCUUCGUUGGACGAUUGGGUGUUUGGAGGAAACAGUGGCAACGAUGAGAAAAGCAGUAAUUUCUAUCAGCAUCUUGGUAAGGCGGAGAAAGAUAAGCGCGAGUCUACAGGCUUUGGUAGAUCUUACGGAAACGGUUCGAGAGGAGGUUCUGUGAAGAGAGAGGAGACUUUUGAUCCUUCGUCUGAUGGAGUUGAUGGUAAAUUGAAGGAAGCUGCGUUGCACAACGUUGAUGUUGAUGUUGAUGAAGACGAAGGUGUUAAAGAUGGUUACUCGUUUAGGCCUGAUGUUAACAGCUGGGGAGCUAAUCACUUUCCUAGGGAUUUAGGUUUUAGAAAGCAGAUGCAAAGACCUAGACAGAAUAACAAGGCGGAGAUAACCACUGAGGAAGUUCUGAAGAAAGCUGAUUUUAGGAAUGUUCGAUUCCUUGCACAGUUCAUCACCGAAGCUGGGAUCCUCGUUAAGAGAAAGCAGACUGGCAUCAGUGCCAAGGCACAAAGGAAGAUAGCUAGAGAGAUCAAGACGGCUCGUGCAUUUGGGCUGAUGCCCUUCACAACAAUGGGUACAAAGGCAUUCACAUUUGGGAAAACCAUGGAGAACAGAGACCAAGAUUUCGAGUAUGAAGUGGUUGACGACGAUGAUGAGUAUGACAAUGCAACAGAGUGAGAGAUUGGAUCCACUCUCUUCUGCCUUCUGAAUCUUUGGCCUAGCUAGUGUGGGCAAGUUUUCAUAGUUGUUGUUUUGAUCAAUCAAAUAUUUGAAAUAAUAGGAUGUUACCAAAAGUGGAGAAUACAUGAUUGACUGAUGAGUUUCAAUAGCUGUCACUUGGUUUCUUCCCAUGUCAAAGGAUUACUAUUUGUAUUUUAUUUCCCUUAUCGUGUUUGUUACUUUUGAAGAUCAGAGCAAGACUAUG